UUGUGAAAUGGAGAGAGAACGUUCAGCGAAGAGGAGAAAGAAGCUGCCAUCUCUGGUGUCACUUAGUUGGAUGUGACAGAUGAGACGUGAACUCCAUGGAGACAAAGGCUGUAAAUGUGAAGGAGGAGGACUGUGCAUGGGAGUGGGUCCACCCUGAACAGAAGGCUCUGUGCAUUAAAGAGGAAGAUGGUGAACUGAGGUCAGUGAUCAUUAAAGAGGAGACCGAGGAGAAGCCUCUCGUCAUUGACACGCAGAAACACACAGUCCUAGACAGUGUCAAGGAUGAGUCUGUCUGUCAGUCCCGCUCUCAAGAUGGAUGGGUCUCCUCCCCAGAGCAUUCUGUCAGUGUGAAAUCUGAGUCAUUAAAAUCGGACACAAAGGCCGCUCAGGAAACAUCUAGAAGAACGUCGGGAGGUCAACCAUCCCCCACAAAUCAGCAUAGGGAACCUGAGGAUUUACAGGAGAGUUGUGGCUUCUCCUUGCCAUUUGCUUACGGCAGACCACAACAGGCACCAAAUGAGGAAAAACUGAAGAAGUCAACAUCCGAAUCGGAGUAUUUGAUACCAACCUCUUUGCAAUCUGCUUCCCUGGCUGUGACUAAUCAAACCAAAAUGGAUGCUAUUAACACUCAACAGGUGCAUAAUAGUAAUUCUGUGGAUGUGUAUGUUUGCCAGGAGUGGACCAAAACUGUGCUGAAAUCUGAAGGCGAUUCAGGAAGUCAGAUGACACAGAAGCCAUACUCAUGUUCUGAAUGUUAUAAACGAUUUUCACGAGUGAGCCAUCUUCAGAUCCACACAAGAAUUCAUACGGGAGAGAAACCAUUUUGUUGUUCUGACUGUGGCAAACGAUUCUCUGACAACAGCAGCUUUCGCAAACACACUAGGAUUCACACCGGAGAGAAGCCGUACUCCUGUUCUGAAUGUGGAAAAGGAUUCUCACGAUUAGGCAGCCUUCAGGGCCACACGAGAAUUCACACCGGGGAGAAGCCGUACUCCUGCUCUGAAUGUGACAAACGAUUCUCUGACAGGAGCAGCUUUCAGAAACACGUAAGGACUCACACCGGGGAGAAGCCGUAUGGUUGUUUGGAAUGUGGCAAACGAUUCUCUGAGCGGCGAAACCUUCAGAGCCACAUGACGAUUCACACUGGGGAGAGGCCAUAUUGCUGUUCCGAGUGUGGGAAACGAUUCUCUGAUCGGAGCAAUCUCCAAAGCCAUGUCAGAAUUCACACCAGAUAUAAUCUCAGCAAUUCAUUUUAAGUCUUAAGGGCCUCAAUUUCACAUUAGUAAGUAACAUCUGAAAUUACAUGAAACCAAAGGAGCUACAAACAGAAACUGCGCAGGC